CGUUAAAGAAGCAGCCAAUCCUGUCGCCCCCUGUAGAGGAGGGAGAACACCAACCACCAACAGCAAAGCAGCGGCCAACAGACAGUCUUUACCAGGCGUCGGAAUCGCAUCAUACAUCUAAAGACAUGGCCGACAACGAUGCUGCUGUUGAAAAGAAAGGCCGUGGGCGGCCAAAAAAGCCAGAAGCGGAAAAGCGCGCCAAAGAGGAGGCCUCCGCAGAUGAACCUAAAGCAAAACGUGGCAGGGGCCGCCCUAAGGGGAGCAGUAAAAAGGGUAAGAAGACAGCAGCCAAGACAAGUACCAGCGUAGCUGCCAAAAAGAAGGGCCGUGGCCGCGCAGCCAAGAAGGCUGCUGAUGCAGAUGCCGACAAAGACACUGGCUCAGACAACAAUGCUGAAGAACAGUCUGACUAAGGGCGGCACUUUCUUGGCAAGACGAGUCAUAGAUCAGUCAUCAUCAAUGUCAUUAGUUUUUACCCGUCUACAGUGUUUUUCCCCAUCGGCUUCAUCUGUGAGAGUGUGCUGUUUCUUGAAGCAGUCUGUUGGCUGUGCAUCACAUCCCAUUAAAGGCAUGUUCUGUCCCCUA